AUGGCACAGCCGAAAGAUAGUCCAAGAGCACUAGCAUUACUGCGUGGAAGGAGCAUCCUAUACCAGCUGGAGCACCCUUUGCUCCACCUAGGUAGGGCGCGAAGCUGCGACAUCACCAUACGCUGUGCCGGAAUAUCCCGUUUUCACGCUGCCUUCGACUUGACGGGUUUACAACAGCUCGACCACGGUAGGCAAUAUGCUUUUAUGGUGAAGAUACGACCUCUGAUUGCCCUGUUACUAGUGAUAGCGACUGGUAUGAGGGCCCUGCCAGCCACUGGCUUGGCAAGCUUCGAGGCCUCUCAGCCGCUCACCAAAGUAAUGUGGGUUUAUCCCGUUAAGAUGCGUGUUUUCUGUCGUAAAGGGCGAGGCCCUGCAUCUGACUGCGGUGUUGCCAAUGGAAGAGUCGACCGAAAGGCGUUUGUUAAGGAUUUGGCGUCUUUGAACGGUAGAGCAGAUUAA